UUUAUUAUAACAGGCCCCUUUGUUGAGAUGGAACAAGAGAAGAGGUCUGUCUCCUUGUCCUGCUUACACAUAUCAGUUAUUAGCAGGGCGACUUCCUAUCACUCCUAAGAGGCACUGGGCCCCUGCAGUGAAGAAUAACGGAGAGGAGGAGGGGCGCAAGCUGAGAAUGGAGCUUCUAGUGCUAAUCAAUGCCCUGGUUACACGGCUGCUCUUUAUUUUACACUCUCUGAUCGGGGUUUGGAGAGUGACUGAAGUGAAGAAGGAACCCAUGUACUGGCUGCUCGCACUGCUCAACCUCCUCCUGUGCCUGGAAACAGGGCUCACCCUCAAGUUUAAGCAGGGGAAGGGCUACAAAUGGUUUUCACCAACAAUAUUUUUAUACCUGAUUAGUAUAGUUCCAUCAUUGUGGCUACUAGAAACUGGUCAUGAGAAUCAGUUUUGCAGUAAUGGAUAUGAACAAAAGCUGCAGAAUAUCAGCCACAGAGAAGACUUCAAUCAAUCCAAAGAGAAUAACAGAAGCGAGGCAGCAGAUCAUCACCUAAUUAAGCUGGCUAAGGUUCUUGUCAGUCAGCUCUCCACAGUGUGUGAGAGUGCGUGGACGCUGGGACUUCACCAGACUUUUCUACUACUACUAAUAAUUGGGAGAUGGCUUCUUCCUAUUGGUGGUGAAAUCACCCGUGAUCAGUUGUCACAGCUGCUUCUUAUGUUUGUGGGAACUGCAGCAGAUAUACUUGAAUUCACUAGUGAGACCUUGGAAAUAAAAGACAUAAGGAAUAACCAUGUUCUUGUGUAUGCAAUUCUUGCUGUCUGGACUUGGAGUAUGUUGCAGUUUCCACUUGAUCUUGCAGAGAGCUUAUCAAGUGGGGAAGCCACAUGCAAUUUUACCACAGCAAGAACCUCUUCUUCUAAAAUAGAAAAGCAGAACAAACACAUACAGUCAUGUUUUUAUCCAGUAGUAAAAGGUAAUUUUUCUGAAAUCAGCUUUUGAAAUUUUAUGUGUUUCUUGUGGGAGGAGAAGCUGUGUGUAGGGGUUAAGCAAAUUUUAAAUUUGUAGUGUGUGUGAGGAAAGUGAAUUCUCAAUGCUGAGGUGUAAAUUUUAUAUUUCCUAUGUGAUGACACGCACCACUCCCAAAGAAGAGUAGGGGCCUGGACAGAGACCUCUGAAAACACAAGCAAAAAAACCCAGAAAUGCUCAGCCUGCAGAUUAUAAUACCCAAGGAUCAGAAGACCACCGGGACAGAACAGAAGGGUAUGGUUCCUCAGAGGAAAACAAGCCACAUACCUCUGAGAAGGCCAUAUGUAAAAAGACAAGGAUUCACACCCCCAAAACAGGUGAUCUGGACAUUGUGAAUAAGAAACCCAGGACUGAUUGAUCACACAAUUUAGAGAAAGAGGAGAGUCUUUCUCCUUUUUUGAAAUAUCAUGAUUAUUGUGAAAAAAGAGGGGGGUUUGAAGUGGUGUUGGCAGGCGUAUACAUUUCAGAAAGAGUGUGCGGAGCACUUUGAAAGAUGAUUACUACCAGAGCAAAUGGGUAAAUUUUACUCAGAGAGGAGGUAGUCUGUGUAACGUGGACAACAGUCAUGGCUUGUAUCAUAAGAGGGGGAGUCAUGGUAAAUAUGGGGGUAAGAAUGAGUGGCCAAUGAGCAAGUGGCUCACAGGGAAAAAAAUAAGGGCCUAGUUCAAGAGAAGUGUAGGGAAGGCUAAACAAUGGUUGACAAAAAAUAAGAGAUCCCCUAGUACUGGCACUUUAGAAGGCCACUCAAAUGCUUCCCCUCCUCCCAGGCCUGACCCUUCACCAGAACCCACGGACCCUGAGAGAGGGGGUGAAGAAUAUGAUUUAGAAAGCCUUUCGAGGGUGCCUCAAAUGUACCCCAGCCUCCCAGACCUGACCUUUCACCAGGACCCACAGAUCCAGAGAGGGGAGAUGGUGACUAUGAUUUAGGAAGCCCUUUAGAGGGCCCCUCAAAUGUUCCCAGGCCUCCCAGGCCUCCCUCACCACCAAGACCUGAAGGGUCAGAGAGUUGGGAUAACAAAUCUGGUGUAGAAGGCAGUUUAGAGGACCCUCAAGCACUCCCUGGUCUCCUGAGUCAGCAGAGGAUGUUUUACCAGAUGUACAUAUGGUGUGGGUGAGAAGGCAAGAGUGGCCUGUAGCCAGGUUUGGAGGCAUGAGGUACACUGAGGAGUUCCAUUUUGUGAAUCUGGAUCAUGUGCCAUUACACGUGGCAUACGAAGCCAUAAGCCAAGGGGUAGAAGAAAUUGUAGCAGAACUCCACCAGAGAUUCACAGGCAAUGACUAUGACCAGUUAUGUAUUCAGGCAGAUAGCAUGGCAAACUGUUUAUACUCUUGAGUUAUUAAUUUAAAUAAGAUGACCCCAGAGCUGUUUUUAGAGUGGUUCAACAAUCUGUUAAUAAGCCAGAGAGAAAUAUUACUCGAUUCGACAUUUUAGCUGGUUGUGGUCAUUGUGAGAGGCCGGGGAGGUGGGAGCCAUAGAGUUAUAAGCUCUAUCCCCUAUUCCAGAUCAUUGCUAAAAAGAGGAAGUAUUUAAUUGACUUGAAUACCUAUGAUACUAACCUGUGCUUUGCAGGCAGUCUAUUGGCUGUUACAAAAUGUAGAGGGGCCAGAGAUGUCGAACUGCUAGAUGGUGCCAAAGAACUGCGUAGGAAAGUAGGCAUGUCUAUAAAUCAAAAGGUUAUGUUCUAUCAAGUACCUUUGUUUGAAGACCUUGAACAGGUUAACAUUCACAUAGUGAUGCAUAAGGAAAAACUUGGGUGGAGUUUAUUUAAAACACAGGACACACCCAGAUACCCCAACACCUGUUUUCUUCUGCUGCAUGGUGAACAUUAUUAUGGUAUUUGGGAUGUGAAAAAGGUGUUUGGCAUGAGAAAUUAUUACAAUCUUUGUCAGACAUUGUACAGCUAUAGCCACACAUGUAGGUUCCGAUGUCAUCUGUGAUCAUUGGACCUCAAACACCCAGUCACGUGCCACCUUGCUCCACAUGAUGGGGGGUGUUCGCCUUGCAGACUCCCGUAACUAGCCAAGUAGUUGUUCACUGCCAAAGUAAUUUGCCCCUAUCUUUCCUGCCAUGACUUUGAAUGUUCCCAGUGGGGGGCUGACUCCUCAGGGUCUUUCUGUGGCACACAGUCUGCCCAGCUGUCACUUAUGGGGCUCCACCACCCCUACACCCCAUCCUUAUGCCACCUUGCUGGUUGGAUCUGUUUUCUUGGCCAAGUCCCUCUCCUCCUGUUGUAACUGAGGGCCUUUCAGUUGCUUCCCAUCCUAGGCUUUUUUACACUUGGAGGUCCUGACCGUAGAACCUGGGCUUCGUUAACACUUACCCCUGUCCCAUGGAUUAAAUCACAAUGUAGAGCCCUAUGAUCCCUGCCCCAAGCACUCAGUUUGCCUAAGCCCAUUCUCUCUCUCUCUCAACCCCUUCACACGGGGAAACAUAAAAGACAAAACCACAAAAGAAAACCAUAAGAUAACUCACCUGUUGCCUGGCUAAGAGCCUAGGAAUCCCCCUGUUCUGCCCCUUUCAUUUAGGUACCAGGAGCCUUGUUCCCUGGAGUCUACCUGGGGUAUGACCCCUGCUUGGGUCAUACUCCCGUGGUCUCCUCUUAAGGUAGUCCUUUACCUUUUGCAACUCUUUCCACCAACCCCGUGCUUCCCCACUUCUCUCCUUUCUGGAGUGACCCUGCCUGGGUGUGUCAUGGUCUGACUGAACGUGGCUGACCACCUUCUGGGUUCAGGGUAAGUGCUCAGCUCUUCUGUCGCCCUUCCUGUUGCUCCUUCUGAGGCUCUCCUCAUGGGGUUACUUCCUCCUCCUCCCCGUCAUUCCCACUACUCCCACCUGUUAUACUGUGGGUCUUUGUAGGCUCUUCCCUACCACCUUUGUUGCUGCCAUCUUUGCAGCCUACAGAGGCUGCUUCUGGCAUGUCUUUGCUGUUAUUGUCACGUUCUCCACCGCUGCCGACACACCCCUCCUCAGGAGCCUCCACUGACUCCUUGUCCACAGCUCCACUCUUCCUGGGAGAUUCUCGGCGUGUGUCACUCAUCCACACGCUCCUCCAGUCCAUUCUCUCUCCCUUCCUUCCGUCAUCCACCAUUUUUAUUCUUGCCGGCCAGUGAUUGCUGGUGACGUCACCGGCCGGUCUCAGCUGACGAGCUGCAUGGGUUUCUCUUCCUGCUCCUGCCACGCCGCGGCUCCUGCUGCAGGUAAGUGUUUUUUUCUUAUUUUACUUUUUCCAUUUGUCCCCUCUUCCUCUCAUUUACUCUGUUCCCCAUAACUUUCUUUUCUUAUUUGGGGUCCUUCCUCCCAUUCUCUCCUGGGACAUCGUCUUUGCCUGAGCCCAAACUGUGCUGAAAACUUGAGCAGGACACAAAGGUGCCCUAAUUGUAAGCUGUUCUGUCAUUCCAAAGAGUGCUUAGAAAGGCGUGUGGCCCUGGCCUCUAAAAAUUGGAUUGAAUGUCUGACUAAAACUCUGUGUGAUGAGUGUAAAUCUUACAUGGACAAAAAGCAUGAGUGCAAAGGGCGGCAGUGCAAACAGUGUUAUAGGAAAAUUACGGACAGCUAAAGACAGGGGAAAAAAACCUCAGAAAGCCACAGGCAAAACCCCCCAAAAGGCUUGUAAAGCUAAGCCCAAAAAGCCAGAAAGCACUUGGGAGUUUAAGGGUGAAGAGUGUCUGUCUGAUUUUAUUAAUGUCUUUAUAGAUAAAAAGUUCAAGGACUACACCUUUAUAGCUCACAAUGCCAAAGGCUAUGAUGGUUACUUCAUUACCAGCCAGUUAUUGAAGGAAAAAAUGGGCAUUAAACUAAGCAUUCAGGGUGGUAAACUCAUGUGCAUUGAAGUGACCAGGCUAGGCAUUUGUUUUAUUGAUUCUUUAAACUGUUUGCCAAUGAAACUUAGCAGACUUCCACAGGUGAUGGAGUUUGAAGGAUGAAAGGUUAUUUCCCACAUUUUUUUAACAUGGCAGAAAACCAAAAUUAUGUGGGGCCUCUCCCAAAGGUGGAGUACUACGGCAUUGAAAAUAUGAUGUCCGGUGAGAAAGGACAGUUUUUAGAAUGGUAUCAGAAUAACCGCGACAAGACCUUUGGCAUGCAAAAGGAGCUGGCCUAUUAUUGCCAGCAGGAUGUAAACAUUUUGAAAGAGGCCUGCUGCCUCUACAGGGAUGAGAUUAUGAAAAUGACAUGGUGGGUAAACCAAGUGAAAGUAGAUGGUGAACUCCAAAACGUAGUACGCUGCAUAGAUCCUUUCCAAUACAUCAUGCUGGCCUCCAUCUGCAUGGCCAUGUACAGGUUUAUGUUUUUGGAACUGCAGACCAUAGCAUUUCUCCCCACAGACAACUAUCACAGAUAGAAAAAGAGAUUUUCAACCCCAUCUAUCCAGUGGCUAAUGUACAUUUCAGAGAAAGAAAAUAUUCAAAUUCGACAUGCCUUACAGGGUGGGGAAUUUCAAGUAGGCCCCUAUUUUUUAGACGGCUAUGUCAACAUUGAUGGGGAACCUACGGCAUUUGAAUUUAACAGAUUUUUUCCACGGUUGCAUCACUUGCUACAAUGAGAAAGACCAGAACCCGUUGACAGGGACCACCUUUGGGUUUCUGAAUUAUCAGGAAUUGCACAAGACCAAUUAUCUCAAGAGAGAGUGGUUUACCGUUAGGACCAGUUGGGAGCAUGAGUGGAAGGCUCUGUUAGAAACAGAUGGGGAUCUGGUAGAUUUUUUUAAACAAAACCCUGCUGCCUUCUCCACUGGUGCCUAGAGAUGCUCUUUUUGGGGGGAGAACUAAUGCCAUCUGUCUAUAUUACCAAACUAAACCCGGCGAACAAAUAGACUAUUACGAUUUUACCAGUCUUUACCCCUUUAUAAACAAAAUGAAGGAACACCCAACUGGACACCCUGAAAUCAUUCAUGACAAUUUCUAACCCUUGUCAAGCUAUUUUGGAAUAGUCAGGGUGAAACUGUACACACCAAAAAAACUUUUUUUUCCCUGUGCUACCCACCAGGGUGAACAGGAAAUUUAUGUUCACACUGUGCUGCCUCUCUGCAGAAACAAGAAAGCAUAAGUGUGACCACACUGAUGAAGAGAGGGCCCUCCUGGGCACGUGGUGCACACCAGAACUGAAUAAAGCUAUAACGAAGGGGUAUAGAGUAGCUCAAAUCUAUGAAGUCUGGCAUUUUGCCAAAAGGCCUAGCACCCUUUUUUCAUGGUACAUAAAAAUGCACCUCCGACAGAAGCAGGAAGCCUCAGGAUACCCCGCUUGCUGUACUGAGCAAGAAAAACAAGAGAGAUAUGUGGCCAAUUUCUUGCAAAAAGAAGGCAUGACCUUACACUGAGAGCAUAUCAAACCCAACCCUGCAAAGCGCCAAAUAGCAAAAUUGCUUCUAAAUUCUUUGUGGGGUAAAUUUGGUCAGAGAACCAACUUGCCCAACACCAGCAUCGUUAGAGACCCCAAAGAACUCUUUGGCUACCUCUUUUCUCCCACCUAUGAAAUUUAAUCUUGUGACUUUAUUAAUGAUGAGGCAGCCUGUGUGUCUUGGAAACAUGCCAAAGAGCAUAACACGGUCUCUGGUAACACAAACAUCUUUAUAGCCUGUUUCACCACCUCUUAUACACGCUUAGAGUUGCAUGAGCUAUUAGACAGCUUGCAAGACCAGUGUCUGUACCAUGACACAGAUUCUGUGAUAUUUGUGAGCCGCAAGGGAGAUUGGAACCCCACACUAGGUGAUUAUUUAGAGUUUGUGUUCGCUGGUCCGAAAACCUAUGGGUAAAAGUUGCCCGGGGGAAAGGUUUGCUUGAAGGUCAAAGGGAUUACCCUGAAUGUGGCCAACAGUGAAAAAGUCAACUUUGAAACCUUGAGAGAUCUUGUUCUAAAUUAUGAGGCAAACCCCGCUGGGGACAUCCCUAAAAAAUUGUGAUACAACAGCGCUCUAUCAUCAGGAACAAAAGCAAGUGGAUGAUAGAAACCAAAACCUUGAGAAAAAUGCAGAAAGUCAUUUAUGACAAAAGGAUCCUCACAGAAAACUUUAACAGCCUCCCCUAUAGUUUUUAAAGAUGGAUAUGUGAUGGAAGCACCCCUUUUUUGUGGUUUUGGCAGGCCCUAGCAACUGUGGUAAAAGUUACUUUAUAAAAAACCUUUUGGAUCACGCUGAAAGAAUGUUGUCUGUUAUGCCUGAGAAUAUCGUGUGCUGCUAUAGCUGUUGGCAGCCUUUGUAUAAAGAACUGCUUUGUAAAUAUCCUUUUAUCAGGUUUGUGGAAGAUCUACCGGACAGUCUCAAUGACAACUGUUUGUUUCCUCCUAAUAAAAUAAAUAUGGUUGCGGUAGAUAAUUUGAUGGACUCUGCCUGCGACAGAGGUGAAAUUGAGAAAGCCUUUACCAAGUACGUGCACCAUCGGAAUCUUAGCAUUAUGUAUAUGGUUCAAAAUGUUUUCUGUCAAGGGAAAAGGAGCUGCACCAUUGCCCUUAACACAAAAUACAUGGUUUUAUUUAAAAACCCCAGGGAUAUGCUACAGAGAGUGCCCUUGGCUCGACAGAUGUACCCGGGUAAGGCCCAGUUCUUUCUAGAAGCUUUUGAGGAUGCCACUAAAACACCUUACGGGUAUCUGGUGGUUGAUUUAAAUGCUUCUACCCAGGAUGCUUUUAGAUUAAGAACCGGGCUUUUUCCUCCUGACCAACCAGAUGCUUACACUUUUAAAAAAACAGCAGGUGGGAAUAAAAAGAGAUGAUGUAGCAGCGGCCUCUUCUUAGUUCUCAAGACAGUGGAAGGGGAACAAGUCUAACUACGUAAAAAGAAAUUUGGUUGUCUUAAAACUGCUUCUUCAACCCUCCCCACAGCAGAGAAAAGCUAUACUCUGCUCGGCCUCUGAUGAUUUAGUAAAGGCCAUUUCAAAAAUUGCUCUGAACACCUUAAAAGGAAACAUCCCUUUGACACCGCAUCAAAUUCACAUGCUGAAAGAGAUGUGGGCUCAUAAAAAACCUAAGUAACAAAAGAUUGCCUCUUAAAAAAAAAGAAACAGCUGGUGAAACAGUCUGGAGGAUUUAUCAGACAUCUGUUAAGUGUGAUGGGCUAGCUGGCAGUGACUUAGCCCAGGGGUUUUGAAAGUGCAAAAGAUGAUUGGAGGACUUGGGAUUCCCUUUCCUCACCAAUCUGGUAAUGAUUUGGCCCAGGGGUUUUGAAAGGGCCAAAGAUGAUUGGAGGACUUGGGAUUCCCUUUCCUCACCAAUCAGGCCCCAGAGACUCACACUCCAUGUCCCCUGAUUGGCCUCUUGGGUCACUUGGAGGGGGAUAAAAGGGGCAGCGCGGCUGACUCUAAAGAGACCAGUGAGGGACCACAAGGAAGGAGAUUCAAAGAGCUGCCGAAGAGCUGAGCCAGCAGGGCAGGAGAAUUUGCCCUAGAAGAGCCUGAAGGAGUGGGACCUGCAGGCAGCAGUUGGACCCUCAGGAGCACGGCAUGCGGCCAGCAGAAGAGGCUCCCCACUGGGAUCCAGGAUUGCCUACGAGAGGCUGCAGCCAGCUGGAGAGGCUCCCCAGAUCCAGCAAGGAUCUGAGCAGUGACCUGAGAGGUUCCCAGCCCUGCUUCCAGCUCCUCCAGCAAAAGGCCAGGCAACUCGACAUGAGGCCAGGCAUCCUGGAAGGUCAAGACCCCUAGCAAUUUAGACUAGUACCAUCUCUGGCGGCUGUGUGGUAACGCUUCUGCCUACUAUGUAGCAGAUCCAAGUUCAAGUCUUGCCUGUGGAGACUUGGAGUGAGUGAGCUAACAGGGGGAAAUUCUUCUUGCAGUGGAAAGGAGCCAUUGUGUCUUUUCCCCCUCCAGGUACCUAGGCCCUAUAUUCCUUGUCAUUUGACAUUUUGUAUUUUGCGCCUUUUAUAUUUCACCAACCAGUAUUGUUUGUUCUGCUGUUUGUGUUUUACAUUUUGGUUAACCCUGUCUUUUUUCAAUGAUUGCAAGUGUCUAACCUGUGUUGAAUCCUGCCCCCUCAGGACAUUGUAGUGUCCCCUAUACCCUCUGGUUUAUACUGGUUAUGUUCCCAGUAUUGUUCUCUCAUUAAAAGGUAUAUGGUUAAGUCCCCAUUGGUGGUCUGGCUCUGCUCCAUAGGGGGAAGAGAGUCCCUACACCUCCCACACUGCUUGUGCACCUGCUUUGAUCCCUUCAAUUGGAGAGGGGGUACCUCUUGGAGUACCGCCCAGGUUACAUAGUUUUGCUCUUCCUCUGAUUACAGGGCUUUUGGCUAGCCGGUGAUGGAGCACGCAGAAAAAAUGUACCUGGUGCCCAAACAUGAACUGGAACAAGUAAGGGCUCCCCCACCACCUCAGGAAAAUAUCAGAACCAAGGCAACCCGCUUAUUGGAUGAUGAAAUGAGGGAUAUUCUCCAAAGACUGGGGUUAGCAGAAUAGGAUAUGUAUGCAUCCAUGCUUUCAGAAAUACCUGACCUACAUAAAGCAGGGUGAUCUGGACACGGAAAUUAACCCUAUUUCUGCUGCAACAGACCCCUCCCCCCCCAGAAGCUGGAUACCCCUAGAAACUCCCACAAACCCCAACACAAUCGUUCAGGAAGUAUUGGAUAACAUGCAUGCCCAAUACAGAAAAAAUGCUAAAGUACUGCUCACUAAGCUGAGCCAGCACAAGGAUAUUUCUUCUUGGGAUGAUCAAGGGGGUUUCAUCUACAAAGGGAUGCUCAUCAAGGGUAGUAACAUGCUCAACUUGGUCCGGAGAACCCUUCAGACUCACGCUGGGACUACUAAACAUCCGCCUAAAGGCUGGGACAUCUUUAUGAAAGCCAUGGCCAAGCUGAACGUACCUUCUUCUGUUAUGGACAACAUUGUGAAUCAUGAUCAUCUGGAAUGGCUGAAAGUAUCUGCCUCAAACCAAGAAACACCAACAACACCACCUAAGAAGCAGAAAACUGUCUCUAAAAGCCAUUGGCUCUCCAUGUAAAGUUUUACACUUUGAAUUAAACUAUACUGCUGUAAA